UAUCCACUGGAUAGCUCAGUGCUUUAACAUAAACACUGUAAUAUUACUAGCUAGUGUGAAUUCAAUCUAGUUAAAAUGCAGAAGCCUAAAGCCAAGAUACAACCCAAAGCCAAGAUGCAACCCAAAGCUCCCGGAGAAUGGACUACCGGACUGUGGGGAUGCUUUUCCGACUGGGGAAACUGUAUCACUACACUGUUUUGUCCCUGCAUUACUUAUGGACAGAUUGCUAAUAUCGUUCAAAAAGGAAAGACUUCUGUUUUUACUGAGGCCAGGAAUUAUGCAACCAUAAUGUAUUUUACCGGGGGAUGCUGCUUGUAUUCUUGCUUUUCCCGUUCGAAGCUGAGACAUAAGUACAAUUUGCCUCAGUCGCCUUGCAGCUUGCCGGAUUGUGCUGUUCAAUUUUGUUGCGAGCUAUGUGCUUUAUGUCAAGAGUAUCGUGAGCUUCAAGGGCGUGGAUUCAACAUGGCCAUUGGAUUUGAUCUAAAUCCGACGGACGAGGAUGGUAUGAUUAAUGCUGCAUCUAUCAAUCAAGUGCUGACUCAAAUCAACACACUGACUAAUCAGGAUGGUACUACUAAUGCUGCACCUGCAAGUCAAGUGAUGACUCAAGCGGACACAACGAACAAUCAUCAGAAUGAUCAUCACGAUGAUUAUCAGGAGUAACAAGAACUGAUUGGAAAGAUAAUUACGCGAGUUCUUUGUACUGAUAUCAUUUAUGGGGCCGUUUGGCUGAGCUUAAAAGAAGUGACUUAUUGCUUAAAAUAAAGAAGCGGAUUAAAAGUGAUAAGUUGGUUUGGACUUAUAAGCUACUAGAAGUGUUUGGAUAUCACGACUUUUAAGUUAAUUAAGUGUUUGGAUAACUUAAAUUAUAAGUUAGUAUAGUCUCACAAUUUUGUAAUAUAAUUUGUUAUAUUUAAAAAUAAAUUAUAACAA